UGUUACAGUCUGAAGUUCUCGGCAACAACAGGUACUUUUUCAGUUAUGGACAGUAGACCGAGUCGGGGACGCGGUGGUCAUUGGAAAAGAGGAGGUGGAACUGGCGGUGCAAGUGACACCGGCAUUUCGGGAGAGCACAGGGGUCGCGGGAGAGGUGGCCCCCAUCGUGGAAGAGGCAAACGGGAUCAUCACAGAGGAAGAGGACGAUAUAAUGGCCCUCCUGCAGACUUCAGACGGAAUCAAGAUGAUCAUGACAACAAAGAAAACUUUGAGGAGGAGGAGGAGGAAAACAUCACAUUCUCUCGACGAAAGCUGGAGUCCAACUGGGACCGUUAUCAGGAGUCUGAGAAAGAAGAAAUAAAUGAAGACGUUCCUACACAGCGAGGAAUGGAUUAUCAUGUUCUCCUCACUUCAGCUG